GGAAAGUGAAAAUUUUCUGUGAUUUUCCGAAGAUAAAGCACAUGGUGUAAUAAUAGUGUGAAAGUAUAAACAAGUCUAUUCGACGUUGACCAUGAUCUGAGUCGCGGAAAAACCUUGGCAAUCUUGGAGGGUCUGUGAUCUCGGCAUACGUAGUUCCACAGAGCACACGCGCAUGACUUCGGCGCCAAAUUUCGCACGUUACAUGCAUAUGUCACGAUUCUUAUAUUAAAACACUGCUGAAUGCAACUUAUCAGGCAAAUUCGAAAUAUGAAUAUUAUCCAAUCUGCUGCUACGCAUAGAUCUAGCUCGGUAGCUGCUAGGAAACUGUUCUACCCAUCAGCUGAUCGUAACAAGGAACCGAUUCUCUCUGUCUUGCGAGAGUACAUCCGCUCCGGCUCCAAUCAAAAUUUCCUGGAGAUCAGUUCUGGUAGUGGGCAACACAUCGCUCACUUUGCUCCAUACUUUCCUCAAGUCACAUUUUACCCUUCUGAGGUUGACACUGACCUUUUGGGUAGCAUAGCUGCCCAUACUAAAGAGUUUUCUAAUGUUCAGGUUCCAGUCCUAGUCGAUGUAACUACAAAUUGUGACUGCUGGGGGGAUAAAACUUUUCUAGAAAACAGCUUGGAUUACAUUUAUAAUUGUAACAUGAUUCACAUUUCUCCACUCGCGUGUAGCAUCGGUCUUUUCAAGAAUGCUGGUAAACUUUUGAAGCAGAAUGGAAUUUUAUUCACUUAUGGACCAUAUAAAAUUGAUGGGAUUAUAUCACCAGAAAGUAAUGUAAGAUUCGAUGAAUCGUUGAAAGCACGAAAUCCGGAGUGGGGCUUGAAGGAUAUUAGAGAUUUGGAGAAGUUAGCGAAUGAAAAUGGGCUUCAUUUGAUUGAAAUUUUCGACAUGCCAGCCAACAAUAAAACGAUUAUUUGGAAAAGGGAAUGAUGUGAUUUAUAUAUAAUGCAGCAAUUACUAUGCUCAAUUAGCCAAAAGAGAGAUGAUUGAAAAGCUUUCGUAAGUGAGCGUUGACGUAUCAGAAUAACAGUGACUAGUCAUACAAUCUUAUCAAUUUAAUUUUGUGGACUACAGUGAUAGCUUCCGUUUUUAAUACUGACUUACAACUUUAAUACAAUUUUCUCUAUUGAAAUCAUCCAACUAUUAGAAAUUGUAAUUAAUGUGGAUACCUCAAUUUCAUUCUAUUUUAUGAAUUGCACAGUAGAUUAUAUUAUAAUGUCAAUGUUAUUAUGAAUUAUGGCUCGACUAGUUUUUAUUGACAGAUUAUUAGUAUCAUUAAUUUGCAAAUUAUAAUAAAAAUAGUUUAUUUGUAAUUCCCGGGAAGAUGACUCUGAUUGAUUUACACAAGGUGGUGACUUACCGGGAAAACCUGUAAUAGUCAGGAAAUCAGGUUGUUCCACUGGGAAAAAUGUAUUUUUUCUUUUGGUAUUUCUCUAAAUGAUUUAAAAACUCGUCUUGCAGCUCGUAAAUUCGGCAUAACCCACUUUUGGAACUAAUAUUGUUGAAUUUACAUGCUCUCUUCCUAUUCUCAUGUACAGUUUAAUAUGCAAUUGCU